GGAUGAAUUAUUAGGGUUAGUUUUUAAUCUGAAUCAUCAAAACAGGGGGAGUUUUAAGUUUCGAAUAUUUUGCAUGUCGACGACAAACUCCGUGAAGCUUGUCCUCCAUGAUGGUCAGACCGCGACGGAGCCCAUUCCGUUCUUCGAUCGUGACGAGCAGAUUCAGAGCAUGACAUUCAUGUUGGGAUGGACGUCGGUGGCCCUGAGCAAGACAUCCCCGUCGGCCGUGGAAGUCGUCGUUCAUCAACUGGAUCAACAGCCACCGCAACCGCCACCGCCACCGCCACCGUCAGCAUCAGAAGAAGAGAACAGAACUGAGAUCGUAGUGGAAGAUGAAGAGAUCAAGCAUCAGGAGCACGAACAGGGCAGCACCGGUACCCAUUCGUCUGGCCUCAUCACCGAACAGUACACCAGGGAGAUGCGCGGCCUGCUCAUGAUCCUCGCCACCCUCUUCCUGCAAAUGGCGUACCAAGCGGGCCUAAACCCUCCCGGUGGUUUCUGGCAGGACGACUUGUCGGCGCUGCCUGCGGCCGCCGCCCGGCACAGAGCCAUGACCGCCUCGUCGUUUGCCCCGCCUCCUCUCGGAGGAGAAAACGGCAGCGACGCCGUGGUGCCGCACAAGGCAGGGGACCCCAUCCUGCGGUCCAAGUACCGGAACUGCUACAACGGAUUCGCGUGGCUGAACUCGCUGUCCCUCACGUGCUCCUCGGUGCUGAUUCUGUUCCUGCUGGCGCAGCCGCUGUUCCGGAGCCGGAAGGUGAGCCACCCUCGCUGGCCGGUGCUCAUCAUGUACGUCAAUCUGGUGAUCAUCCUGGCGGCGUACACCACCGGAGCGGUCACGGACGCGGAGCUCAUGAUCUCGCUGAUACCGUUGGAGGUGAUGGGCGGGAUGAGUGUGAUCAUUCUGUAUAUUUACACCGAGGGGAAGUUCUUUAGAGGAAGAAAAACAAGGCGCCAAACGUCACCUUUAUAUAUAUAAGCCUUUAAUUUGUCAUCGAAUGAUUAAGAAAGGAUGAGGUUUCCAGGGAGAAAAUAAAAUCUUAUU